AUGUUAAAAAUAACCAUUUAUCGACGGCUAUCGACUUUAUCGACAUCGUGCGUCGUAAAUUUGAUGUCACCAUAUCGGUUAGUGUUAGUAUUAUUCAGUGUGCUGUUGUGCUGUUGUGACGUACUAGCUAAAAAUGUUGGUUUACAACACAUAAAAACUAUUAGAAAUAUUCUUCUAAAUACAAAUGAAAACAAUGGAUCAAUGGAUAUUGAAUUUGCACCAUACAAAUCAAUUUUAAGACCUAACCGCCGCACAUUUAAAUUUGAAAAUCUCCAAAUGUACAUUGUUUCAAACUGUUUCGAAGACGACUGCAAUGAAGAUGAAUAA